AUGGACAAAAGGAAACUCUCCCCCGAUGCUGCUGAGCCUGCUGGGGUACCCAAACGACGAGUCGUCGGCCCUUCCCUCCCUCCACCCACCGAUCCAACCUCCAAUUCAGAUGCUGCCAGUGCCAGUGGCAGUGCCAGCGAUAGCGAUGACAGUGACGAUGACUUUGGUCCCAGUUUACCUCCUCCCGCCGGUCAAUCAAUCGCUUCUAUAGCUACCUCCGCUUCAUUAGCCCAAGCGAAUACCCCCGCCAAGGAACAAAAACCAGAGACUCAACGAGAUGACUGGAUGCUACACCCACCGGAGAAUAGCGAUUGGGCCUCCAAAAUCGACCCAACACAGCUACGGAAUCGCAAAUUUCAAACUGGAAAAUCAGCCCGCUCAGCAACCGCGGGUUCAAAGGGUCUAGAUGCCGCAUGGGUUGAAACGCCAGAGGAGAAAUUAAGGCGAUUGGAGGACCAAGUCAUGGGUGUCGGUGCCCCUUCUAGCGGAACAACACAAUCCUCGGCCAGCAAUCCCAAUGCGGCCAAGGAUAAGGAAAUGGAGGAGAAGAUCAAAAAAUACAAUGACCGUGCUACAAAAAAGGCUCGACUGGAAAAGUCAGAAAGUAAGCGCAAAGAGGAAGAAGAUGAUCCAAGCACACGCGCCUUCGACCGCGAGAAGGAUAUGGCUGUUUCCUCCAAGAUCUCGAAUGCGCAACGCCGGGAGAUGGUGAGCAAGGCUAGUGACUACAGUUCAAGGUUCAGCAAGGGCAGCUAUCUAUGA